CACGGACACCUCUGCCAGCUGGCUGCCGGGGUCCUCGUAGCUGCUUAGCCGAGUUGCUAAGUGGAUAGCAAACACGUACGCAGUAGCUCAGUGAAACGGGAACAAACUCUUUUCGUGGACUCUUCAGGGCAAGAAUGAUGCCAAAAGCUGUCAGGUUUUGCGCCAAGCAUGAAGGCGUGUUCGUCACUUCAUUAGGGAUGAGCUGACCUCGGCCACCUUUGUCGUCGUGUUGCGCUUCCUGCCGAGCCUCCGCUGAGACACGGCGCGGCGCCCGCCCUGCCCACCGCUGCUCUCCCACCUGCACCACCGAGUACGGCAUCAAGCAUGUAUUGCCUGCAGUGGCUGCUGCCGGUGCUGCUGAUCCCCAAGCCGCUCAACCCGGCGCUGUGGUUCAACCACUCCAUGUUCAUGGGCUUCUACCUGCUCAGCUUCCUGCUGGAGAGGAAGCCGUGCACCAUCUGUGCCUUGGUCUUCCUCGCCGCCCUCUUCCUCAUCUGCUACAGCUGCUGGGGAAACUGCUUCCUCUAUCACUGCCAGGACACCGCCCUGCCACACGCAGCCCACGACCCGGCUAUCGUGGGAACCUAGAGGCCCGCCACCACCAUGCUGGAUACAAGACCAACUUUGAUGGAAAGACUCGAUGAAGGACUUGAAAACGGAAAAAGCGGCGGACGUUUUGUUUGUUCUUGCGUGUGUGUGUGUGUUUACUCAGAAUCUGACACACCGGACAAUCAACGUUGCCGACCACUCCUUUUUCUCUGACUUGACGCACUCAAACACACACACGAAUCCAGUAUUUUCAGCAGAUGCAAAAGAAACAACACACACACACACACUCGUAUCUGGAAACACACACAUUUAAGUUGGAUGGCAACUUUUUUUUUUUUUUUAAUUCUUGUGUUGCGUCACAAAGUUGUUUUUGGUUUUUAGGUGGAAUAAAAUAUUUUUUUCCCCUUC